CUUCAUUUGCUGUACGAUAAGGACGAAGAAGAUGAAAAAGACAAGGUAGUAGAGAAGUCAAAGCAGGACAGCAAUGACGAGACCAAUAAGGUGACGUUACGUGACUAUCCCAUCAGUAUGCUGGAAGAUAUUGGAAUGUUUUCAGUAUUUUCCGAUGACACAUCGACAAAAGGCCCAUCAUUAAAACUAUCAAGAGACCCUGCACGUAUGUUCAGAGGUCAGCUACAUCAGACAGAAUUAAAGACUAAUCAAGCAUACGGAGGAUUUGAUGUUCCAAAGUCCCUAGCCCAUUAUGGCAAAUUCAAGGGUAAAAUACCAGAGGUCAGAGCAACAGUCGAUGGCGCAUUAAGAGACUAUGGUAAUGAAAGAGUCAAAAUGUGGAAUUUGAACAUCAGAAAUGAUGAAAGAUAUGCUCAUUUCAACCAAAUGAGAUCUCAAAGGUAA